CAGGCAGACUGCAGGCCUGUGACAUCACACUGACGGCUGUGGCAGCAGCUGCUAGUGUAGGAGGGCAGUCUCCAUCUCCUCUUCUUCUGCAGGGCUGCACAAGACUUCUAUACGGUCAGGAUCCCCAGCUCACUUCACCCUGCAAUCAGCCCUAGAAGACACCUCAAGAAAAUCUUUAUAACUGCUCAUUGAUCUCGGCAGGAGCAUCAUGUCAUCAAAGGUUGGUCGUUACAGAGGAUCUGUGAAGGAUUAUCCUGACUUUGAUGCCAGCCAAGAUGCUGAAACCCUCUACAAAGCUAUGAAAGGCUUUGGCAGUGACAAAGAAGCCAUCUUGGAUCUUAUAACCGCAAGGAGCAACCAGCAGCGUAUACAGAUCAUUCAGGCCUACAAAUCUCUCUAUGGCAAGGACCUCAUUGAUGACUUGAAAUAUGAGCUGACUGGUAAAUUUGAGAGGCUCAUUGUAGGACUGAUGAGACCCCCAGCUUAUUUUGAUGCUAAGGAGAUUAAAGAUGCCAUUGAUGGCAUUGGAACCGAUGAAAAAUGUCUCAUUGAAAUCAUGGCAUCUCGGACUAACCAGGAGAUUCAUGAACUGGUAGCAGCCUAUAAAGAUGCUUAUGACAGAGACCUGGAGACGGAUGUUAUCAAAGAUACCAGUGCACACUUCAAGAAGAUGUUAAUUGUCCUGCUGCAGGGUACAAGGGAAGAGGAUGACAUUGUGAGCGAUGAAUUAGUAGAACAAGAUGCCAGGGAUUUAUUUGAAUCUGGAGAACAAAAAUGGGGAACAGAUGAGGCUGAGUUCAUCUUUAUUUUGGGAAGCCGGAGCAAGUCACAUCUUCAACUUGUGUUUGAUGAGUAUGAGAAAAUUGCUGGGAAGAGCAUUGAGGAGAGUAUCAAGGGGGAGCUUUCUGGAGAUUUUCAGAAGCUGAUGCUUUCUGUAGUAAAAUGCACUCGUAGCAUCAAGGACUACUUUGCUACCAGACUGUACAAAUCAAUGAAGGGUCUGGGCACAUCAGACAACACCCUGAUCCGAAUUAUGGUGUCUCGUAGCGAGAUCGAUAUGAUGGACAUUAGGGAGUCAUUCCGGACUCAAUAUGAAAAGUCUUUGUACUCUAUGAUCAAGAAUGACACAUCUGGUGAGUACAAGAAGGCUCUGCUCAACCUGUGUGGAGGAGAUGACGAUGCCGCUGGGGAGUUUUUCCCAGAAGCCGCCCAAGCAGCCUAUCAGAAAUGGGAGCUUAGUGCGACACUUGCUUCACGUACCGAGUUGAAAGGUACCGUAUUUCCUGCUGCUGACUUUAAUGCCGAUGGUGAUGGCAAGGCUUUGAGGAAAGCGAUGAAAGGCUUUGGUACUGAUGAGGGCACCAUCAUCGACAUACUCACUAACCGCUCUAAUUCCCAGAGGCAAGAGAUCAAGAAAGCUUUUAAGUCACACUUUGGACGUGACCUUAUGGCAGAUCUGAAGUCAGAGCUCUCUGGAAUCUUGUCCAAAUUUAUCCUGGGACUCAUGAUGACACCUGCAGACUUUGACGCUAAGCAGUUAAAUAAAGCCAUAGCGGGGGCCGGCACAGAUGAGAAAGUCUUAAUUGAAAUCUUAGCCACAAGAAACAACCAGGAGAUCCAAGCUAUUAAUCAAGCUUAUCAAGAAGCUUACCACCAGUCACUGGAAGAUGCUAUAAGCUCAGACACAUCUGGACACUUCAAGAGGAUCCUGGUGUCAUUGGCUUCGGCUAACCGUGAUGAAGGGGGUGAAGACUGCGACAAAGCCGUAGAUGAUGCUAAGAUUAUUGCUUCAGUCCUGGAAGUGGCAGAUUCAGGAUCCGGUGAUGCUUCUUCCAUGGAAACCUGUUUUAUGACCAUCCUGUGUACUCGCAGCUACCCACACCUCAGAAGAGUUUUCCAGGAGUUUAUCAAGCAGACCAACCAUGAUAUUGAGAAUACCAUUAAGAAAGAAAUGUCAGGGGAUGUUAAAGAUGCCUUUGUAGCUAUCGUACGGAGUGUAAAGAAUAAACCAGGCUACUUUGCAGAGCGCCUCUACAAGGCAAUGAAGGGCGCAGGGACAGAAGAGAGGACACUGACCAGAAUCCUGAUAUCCAGAAGUGAAACUGACCUGUUUAACAUUCGCAAAGAGUUCAUGGAUGCCUAUGAGAAGUCCCUGCACCACUGUAUUGAGAGUGAAACAUCCGGAGACUAUCGCAAAGCCUUGCUGACCAUCUGUGGAGGAGAUGACUAAAGGGAGAAUAUUCAGUCAUCCUUGAACCUGUCAACUGGUGGCGGAAGCCACAACCAACCACACACCAAAUGUCUUCAUGGUAGAUAGUAUCGUGGACCUUCUGAGAAAAUAGGAAACUUCACCUUAAACUUCACCAAAAAACUGAAUGUGCACCAAAGAAAUACAUAGCUGGGGGGAAACGGGGUGGGGGUAGAGAUGAAAUCAGAAGACUUGAGGAAAUGAAAUGGAUGGGCUGUAUAUCACCUUUCUGUACCAGAUACUGCUGUGUACAAGAUGCAAAAUGAUGGUACUUCCAACACCAAAGCCAAUUUAGAUUCUUCAGAGGUGAUAGGAUCCAGCCAAGAUCAAAUAAAGUGUCUCAGUGGUUAUCUCAUA